AUGACUGUUAACAAGAAGAAGCGACCAAUCAAGACAUUGGCCCAAGGACGGCCACCAACCAUCAAAAAAUCAAAAUCGAUAUCACGCAAAGCCACAAGAGGACUCAUUAACACCAUCCACCAGCUAGAGAAGAAAAAGGCACAAGCUGUUGCCAAAGGGGACAAGGCUUCCGAGACCAAGAUUGAAGCAGAGAUUUCUGCUUUAGGUGGUAUUCAGAAGUACCAACAAGCAAGCCUUCAAGGCCAGCGCAAUGAUCGUGGUGGAGACAGCUCACGAGUAUUGAUGGAAUGGCUCAAGCCCAAGUUUCAUGCAUCGGGCCUGACAGCGGAUGGCUCAGUGCGUAUGCUAGAAGUCGGUGCCCUUAGCACGACAAAUGAAUGCUCCAAGAGUGGCUUCUUUGACAUGGAGAGAAUUGACCUCAAUAGUCAAGGUGAUGGCAUCAUUCAGCAAGACUUCAUGAAAAGGCCGUUGCCAACAGAUGGCACGGAAACUUUUGAUAUCAUUAGCCUAUCACUAGUUUUGAACUUCGUUCCUGAUGCUCAAGGACGAGGUGAGAUGCUUCUACGAACAUUGGAUUUCUUGAAGCCUCAUACGGCAUCAUCGCACGAUGCAUUUCCAUGUCUGUUUCUAGUCCUGCCCGCACCAUGUGUCACGAAUUCAAGGUACAUGAAUGAAGCGCUAUUGGAGAUGAUCAUGAACACUCUCGGAUAUGUCAAAAAUCACAGCAAAGUCACGCAAAAACUAGUUUAUUAUCUUUGGAGGAGGACAUCAUGCGCUCCGGCCAAAAUUCCAAUCUUCAAGAAGGUUGAGCUUCGCUCCGGUUCCACAAGGAAUAAUUUCUCAAUUGUCCUCCGUGGUUCGGCUGGUUGA